UCUGUGGUGUCAGUAUGCAGGCGUCGGCGCUGCGCUUCCGGGCGCCGUUCAAGGUGAGCGGGGGUCUCCGAGAAUCUACUCGUACUCCCUACUCUUCAUUUCCCUUUCCCGAAGAGACCCAUCCCCCUCAGCUCGCAGCCUAGCGUGCCAAGUACCGAAGCCAGGGUGCCCAGGAGAAGGCCGGGUACCCACCAGAGGAAGCAGAGCCGUCCGGACUUGUGGGUCCCGGCGAGGCCCAACAGGCUCAAGACCCUGCGACUCUGCUUUGCUGAGUGGGGUAGGUCGCGACUCCGGUCUCCUGGCGAUCCUGGCCAUCCGGAAGCGGAGCGUGACUCCUCCCUUUGGUCCUCUUGGUCCCCACCAGGCGGCGCCGUCAUUCCGGCCCGGGUUCUCCUGCGGCUGCGAGCCCUGGCCACCCCAGGGAUGUUGAGAUUGGCAAGGAAAGAGGUGGAGAAAUGAACGUCAGAGAGCAUUCUACCACUAGGAAUAAGCUUCCCUCGUGGACUGUGCUUUUCAUCAUUAGAAUCUCCCGGAAUACAUGUGCAAAUCCCUAUGCUCCACCCCCAAAGAUCCUAAUUGAGUAGAUCUGGGGUGGGGCCUGGAAAUCAGCAUUUUAAACAGCUGCUCCAGGUUGAUGCCCAUAGUCUGCGGACCUCAUCUUCAGAAACACUGGUAUAACUGGUGGAGAGGAACAUUGCUUUGGGUUGGCUAUGGGGCGUUCAUCUUCCGGAAGGCUUCCAAGAGGAAGUGAUUCUAGCUGGGCUUUGUAUUGAGGGACCAGAAUAUCCAUUGGUUUUUUACCCCACAGUGAUGAAUUCCCUCCCCGCUACCAGCAGGAUGCAGAAGAUCUCAGUGCUGCUCUUCCUGGCCUGGGUCGGCUUCCUCUUCUACGCCGGCAUUGCCCUCUUCACCAGUGGCUUCCUGCUCACCCGUUUGGAACUCACCAACCAUAGCAGCUGCCAAGAGCUCCCAGGCCCUGAGUCCCAGCCGUGGGGGAGCCAAGGGAAGCCUGGGGCCUGCUGGAUGGCUUCUCGAUUUUCUCGGGUUGUGUUGGUGCUGAUAGAUGCUCUGCGAUUUGACUUUGCCCAGCCUCAGCCCUCACACGGUCCUGGAGAGCCUCCUGUCUCUCUGCCCUUCCUGGGCAAACUGAACUCCUUGCAAAGGAUCCUGGAGAUUCAGCCCCACCAUGCCAAGCUCUACCAAUCUAAGGCUGAUCCCCCCACCACCACCAUGCAGCGCCUCAAGGCCCUCACCACAGGCUCACUGCCUACCUUUAUCGAUGCUGGUAGUAACUUUGCCAGCCAUGCCAUAGUGGAAGACAAUCUCAUUAAACAGCUCACCAGCGCAGGAAGGCGUGUGGUCUUCAUGGGAGAUGAUACCUGGAAAGAUCUUUUUCCUGGAGCUUUUUCCCAAGCUUUCUUCUUCCCAUCCUUCAAUGUCAGAGACCUGCACACAGUGGACAAUGGCAUCCUGGAACAUCUCUAUCCAACCAUGGACAGUGGUGAAUGGGAUAUGCUGAUUGCUCACUUCCUGGGUGUGGAUCACUGUGGCCACAAGUAUGGCCCUCACCACCCUGAAAUGGCCAAGAAACUUAGCCAAAUGGACCAGGUGAUCCAGGGACUUGUGGAGCGCCUGGAGAAUGACACACUGCUGGUCGUGAUUGGGGACCAUGGAAUGACCGUGACUGGGGAUCAUGGAGGAGACAGUGAGCUGGAGAUUUCGGCUGCACUUUUUCUGUACAGUCCUAAAGCCCUCUUUCCUGGUGCCCCACCAGAGGAGCCGGAGGUAGUUCCUCAAAUCAGCCUUGUGCCUACGCUGGCCCUGUUGCUGGGCCUGCCCAUUCCUUUUGGGAACAUCGGGGAGGUGAUGGCUGAGCUGUUCUCAGAGGUUGAAGAUUCCCAGCCUCACUCCUCUGCUCUGGCCCAAGCCUCAGCUCUCCAUCUCAAUGCCCAGCAGGUAUCCCGAUUUCUUCACACCUACUCAGCUGCUGCUCAGGACCUUCAAGUUAAGGAGCUUCAUCGGCUGCAGAACCUUUUCUCCAAGGCCUCUGCUGACUACCAGCGGCUUCUGCAGAGCCCCCAGGGGGCUGAGGCAGCACUACAGACUGUGAUUACUGAGCUGCAGCAGUUCCUGCGGGGAGUUCGGGCCAUGUGCAUUCAGUCUUGGGCUCGUUUCUCUCUGGGUCGCAUGGCAGGGGGUGCUGCUCUCAUGGCUGCUGCCUGCUUUCUUUGCCUGCUGGUAUCCCAGUGGUUAAUAUCCCCAGGCUUCUGCUUCCGCCCCCUCCUCCUAACACCCAUGGCCUGUGGUCUGGCUGGUACCAUAGUGUGUGCUGGACUCUUGACAACUACUGGGCUGAAGCUGGAUCCAGUGGUUCUAGGGGCCAUGGCUGCAGUGGGCUCACUCCUGCCUUUUCUGUGGAAAGCCUGGGCUGGCUGGGGGUCCAAGAGGCCCCUGGUAACCCUGCUUCCUAUCCCUGGGCCUGUCCUGUUAUUCCUGCUCAUUCGCUUUGCUGCUUUCUUCUCUGAUAGCUUUGUUGUAGCUGAGGCCAGGGCCACCCCCUUCCUUUUGGGCUCACUCAUCUUGCUCCUGGUUGCCCAGCUUCACUGGGAGGGUAAGCUGCUGCCAUCUAAGCUGCUCACAAUACCCCGCCUUUGCUUUUCGGCUUCGACAGGCCCACCACAGCGCAAUGGCACCCAUGCCCUGGGACUUGGAGUUGGGUUGCUUUUAUGUAUAAGGCUAGCUGGGCUUUUUCAUCGCUGCCCUGAAGAGACACCUGCUUGCCAUUCCUCUCCCUGGCUGAGUCCCUUGGCAUCCAUGGUGGGUGGUCGAGCCAAGAAUUUGUGGUAUGGAGCUUGUGUGGGGGCUUUGGUAGUCCUAUUAGCUGCCGUGCGCCUGUGGCUUCGCCGCUAUAGCAAUCUCAAGAGCCCUGAGCCCUCUGUGCUCUUUGUGCGCUGGGGGCUGCCCCUGAUGGUACUGGGCACUGCUGCCUACUGGGCACUGGCGUCAGGGGCAGAUGAAGCACCCCCACGUCUCCGGGCCUUGGUAGCUGGGGCGUCAGUUGUGCUGCCUAGGGCCGUGGCAGGGUUGGCUGCUUCAGGGCUCGUGCUGCUGCUCUGGAGGCCUGUGACAGUGAUAGUAAAGGCUACGACGGGUGCCCCAAGGCCCAGGACUGUCCUCACUCCCUUCUCAGGCCCCCCCACUUCUCAGGCUGACCUGGAUUAUGUGGUACCUCAAAUCUACCGACAUAUGCAGGAGGAGUUCCGGGGCCGUCUAGAGAGGACCAAAUCCCAAGGCCCCCUGACGGUGGCGGCCUACCAGUUGGGGAGUGUCUACUCAGCUGCUAUGGUCACGGCUCUCACCCUCUUGGCCUUCCCACUUCUGCUAUUGCAUGCAGAGCGCAUUAGCCUUGUGUUCCUGCUUCUGUUUCUGCAGAGCUUCCUUCUCCUGCAUCUGCUUGCUGCUGGGAUACCCAUCACCACCCCUGGUCCUUUUACUGUGCCAUGGCAGGCAGUCUCUGCUUGGGCCCUCAUGGCCACGCAGACCUUCUACUCCAUGGGCCACCAGCCUGUCUUUCCAGCCAUUCAUUGGCAUGCAGCCUUCGUGGGAUUCCCAGAGGGUCAUGGCUCCUCCACCUGGCUGCCUGCUCUGCUGGUGGGAGCCAACACCUUUGCCUCCCAUCUCCUCUUUGCAGUAGGUUGCCCAUUGCUUCUGCUCUGGCCCUUCCUCUGUGAGAGUCAAGGGCCCCGGAAGAGGUGGCAGCCCCUAGGGAAUGAAGCUGAAGCCAGAGUCAGGCCUGAGGUGGAGGAAGAGCCACUGAUGGAGAUGCGGCUCCGGGAGGCACCUCAUCACUUCAAUGCAGCGCUGCUGCAGCUGGGCCUCAAGUACCUCUUUGUCCUUGGUAUUCAGAUUCUGGCCUGUGCCUUGGCAGCCUCCAUCCUCCGCAGGCAUCUCAUGGUCUGGAAGGUGUUUGCCCCCAAGUUCAUUUUUGAAGCCCUGGGCUUUAUUGUGAGCAGCGUGGGACUUUUCUUGGGCAUAGCUUUGGUGAUGCGAGUGGAUGGUGCUGUGAGCUCCUGGUUCAGGCAGCUAGUUCUGGCCCAGCAGAGGUAGCCUAGGCUGCUAAUGCUGGCUUGUGGCCACAGGGAGAGCUGGAGAACAAUCUAGCCUGGCCUGUAUAGGUACUGGAUCAUCUGCAAGAGACGCUUUUCUACACUUCUUAACACCAUGCAGCCAGGAGCUAGACAUCUGGGACUUCAUUAUUCUAUAAUUCAAAAUCAUAGUGGGGCCUGCUCUCUCACUCCUGCUUUGGAGUGUAGCCUCCAAAGAAGAAUAAAAUAAUAAUGUGAA